AUGCAGGCAGACCUUGGACUUUCGCCUCAGAUGAUUACUGAGCUGCAGAAAGAGGUCAACAUCAUUAUCCAUGCGGCUUCCACAAUCAACUUGACCUAUUCGCUUGAGCGGGUGUUUGAUCAUAUUGUCCAGCCAAGCGAAUCCUUAGCUCAGUUAGCCCUAGGUUUUACCUGCCUGGAUCGAUUCGUCUAUGUUUCCACAGCCUUCGCCAACACACAUCUUUACAAGCUUUCGAGCAAGCCCCAGACAGAGAUAAAUGAAGAGAUCUACCCACUCCUGGGCGAGGGAAAGCUGUUGGAUGACAGCCUUCUUAGUGCCCAGGAUGCCCGUGACCAAAUCACGAAGACUGGCUCCUCGACUGAAUUUGAACUCCACGAUUUUCCCUGGCCGUAUGCGUAUGGGAAGCACCUCGCAGAGCGAUUGGUCCUAAACCUCUUCAUCGAAAAGGGAUGGGCAUCGAAGGUGUUAAUACUCCGCCCUUCUGUGAUCGGACCAGCAGAGAAAUAUCCAUACCCGGGAUACAGUGUUCCCUUGUCAACACCAUCAACGGCUCUCGCAACUGCGAUGAUUGCAUCCUCUGUGUUUAGUGUCGUGGUGCCUACGCGGUGUUCCAAACCAGAAAUCGAGGCUACCAUUGACGAGGUCCCAGUGGACGUUGUUGUUGAUCGAAUGGUAGCCCAUGUAGCUUUUAAUACCACCGGUUGCGUCCAUGCUGUGGGAGGCGAACGUGGCCGCCUUAGUUUCAUGGACUUCUGGGGCGCCGCGAUGAAGCUAAGAAGACUACCAUGUGAGCCGCGGAUAAUCUGGUCAUCGACUGUUGAUUGGCAUUCGCCGGACUUACACCCUGUGCUGCGACUCUAUGUUAUUCUGGGCACUGCCUUUCUCUUCACAGAGGAGAAGACAAAUAACCUUUGGAAGAUGCUUUCUCCUGAUGAACGAGGUGAUAUGAUAUUGUUCAGGAACACUGCGGGGAAGUCAUACGAGCUGAUAUCAAGACGGGAGCAUAUUAGAUUCCUCAUCAGAUUCGUGGCUACUGGUGUAUUUGUGUCGAUGAGCAGAGAGAGUUCUGGUACACUAUGA